AUGGUCGGAAAGGAUAACAACGGUCGUGGUAAAGCAGCAUCACACCAAAAUAAUGUUUUACUUAUUUUAAUAAUGGACGCACACGACCUCUAUUCAGCAUUGUGGAGAAAAAUAGUAAUCAGUAAACAGGAAAAACGAGUGUCAGUUGAUCUGAAAGCUUUUCGCACCGAAAGCGAAAUCAUCUCCUAUGUACGACAACUACUGGAUGAAUCGGAGCUGUUGCAAAAGAUCCAGUUCGUAGGAGAUAGCAAAAAUGAAUCUAAAGCGAUAGAAUGUAGAAAAAUUGGUAACGAAAGUUUCCAUCCAAAAAUAAAGAAAUACAUCAAAGCGAUAGAGUGCUAUAACGAAAGCAUCGCUUUGUCAAACGCUAAUUCAGAAAGCUUGGCCAUUGCAUAUGCCAAUCGUUCAGCCAUUUGCUUUGAGCUGAAGGAGUAUCAUGAUUGUUUAGAAAACAUUCGAUUAGCGCAACAAAAUCCAUACCCAGCACAUCUGUUACCAAAACUAUUGAAAAGAAAAACAGACUGUUUGGAGCUUAUUAAUAACCACAUGGAUCAAAGUAAACCAGACGACGCUCUGCGCGAGCCAAAAUUAUGCUACAAUACUAAUCCAAAGAUACCUCACAUUUCUGAUUGUUUGGAAUUGAAAGAGGAUGACCAUUUUGGACGGCACUUAGUAACGAAUCGAAACUUAAGUGCUGGAGAUUUAAUUAUAAUGGAAAAACCUUUUUCCGCAAUGUUAGAAGGAAAAUACCGUUAUCUAAACUGUGAUAACUGCCUGCAAGACAACUUCCUUACUUUGAUACCAUGCAAUCAUUGUUCGAUUACCAUGUUUUGCUCGGAGAUUUGUCGUCAAAAGGCAUACGAAAGCUACCAUCGCAUAGAAUGUCCUAUCAUCAAGCAUAUGCGACUGUUGUUCACAAAAGUGAUCCUAAUGGCUCUCAGAACUACCACAAUGGCCAUAAGUACAUUUGGAUAUGAUUUGGAAGAAUUGCGGCAACACGUGGAAACACUUGAUAAAACUUCUUUGAACGCGUUCGAAUUGGACUGGAGAAACGUACAUGCUAAAGAAAUCUAUAGUACGAUCCACGUACUAGCCACCAAUCAAUCGUUACGUAGUCCCAGUGAUCUGACACAGCGCGCUAUUUACGCUAUCGUCAUGAGCGAAGCACUGUUAAACUAUACCCCGUUGAAAAAACUCUGUGGAAGCAACGAAUCUCAUCGUAAUCUCAUUAGGCUUCUCAAUUUCCGCCAUUCACAAACUGCUCCUGUGAAUAUGCACUCAACUGCAUACAUGAACUAUUGUCCGGAUGAAAUAGAACAGUUUCAGCACCAUGACAUUGGGUGUGUUUCAUUGCCCAUUUUAAGCAUGAUAAAUCACUCCUGUGCACCGAAUAUGGUACGAAUGACUCUGUCGAAUGGACACAUUGUAGCCCUAUUAAAUCGACCGAUUGAAAAAGGCGGACAGUUAUACGACAAUUACGGCUAUCAUCACUGCCUCGAAACAUUAUCCGAGCGACAAAUAGGACUCCUUAAACAGUAUUGCUUCAAGUGUCAAUGUGAAGCAUGCAAAAAUAAUUAUCCUUUAUACCACGACUUGCAGCAUGCUAAACUUUCAACUGGAAUUAAAAAUCCCAUAAACACAUUUGAGCUUGAUGUUCUUAGAAAGCACGACAUUGGAAUGGCUUUGAAGAAAAUUCCCGAGUAUUGCAAAUUUCUAAAUGAGUAUGACUAUCAGUACCCCAAUUACGAGGUAAGCUCUGUUCAAGAAGCUCUACUGCGAUGUUUCCAAAUAGUUUAUUCAAUUCAGUCACGAAAAAUGAAGUACCGAGGUUUCUGUUCUUUUUAAUUUAACCACUCAGUUGAUUUUUUAAAGAUUUUAUUACCAUAAC